AUGGCAACCAACAGUAAAAUGACAUCGAUUGUCGUCCGCGUGUCCGACCUGUCUCCACGCCUAUCCAGGGAGGAUAUCCCUCGCCCAUGUCCAGCUGAGCAUCAAGUUCUCGUUAAGAUCUCGCAUGUGGCACAGAAUCCAACAGACGUCCAAUCAUUCGACAGCAACGCCUUCGGCGACGGAGUCGUCCUAGGGUGUGAUUUUGUUGGCGAAGUCGUCGACCUCGGAGCUUCUGUCACGCGAUACGCAAAGGGUGAAGUGAUAGCAGGACUUAUUUGGGGUGGCGAAACCAAGGGCCUCGGUGCAUACUCACAAUAUGCCCUGGCCGAUGAGAGAAUCUCGUAUCCAAUCCCAGACUCGAUCUCGCGCGAGCACGCAAGUACCGUUCCUCUUGCUGCGGCUACUGCCUGGCUAGCAUUGUGGUCCCAGGGUUGUUUAGCUAUCGAUCGGCAGCAGGAGAGAGGGACUAGUGUUUUGAUCUGGGGCGGGAGUUCAAGCGUCGGUCUGUACGCCAUUCAAUUGGCGGCUAUGUACGGACUCGAGGUUGUUACCACUUGUAGUCCGAAACAUGCAGAUCUGGUGCGCUCAUAUGGCGCCAGAUAUGUCUUUGAUUAUAGAAGUGAGGAUGUUGUCGAUAGUGUGAAACUGGUGGCUCCGACGCUUAAGCAUGCUUUCGAUACGAUUGGUAAUGCCGACUCGUCGUUGCUUGCCUCGGCGGCUUUUGGGGGUGCGGGUACCUUGUGCACUGUCCGACCAGGGAAAGCAAAUACUGAGAAGGUGUCGACUGGUACUCGCGUUACUGAUGUGUUGGUGUGGACUGCUUUUUUGAAAGACCAUGCAUUUGGGCCUUUCAAGUGGCCGGCAUCUCAAGAAGACCAUGAGCUGUCCGCUGAGUUGUUCCAGCAGCUUCCUUCGUGGUUGGAGAAGGGAACAUUGAAGCCCAGUCAUCCUCGAGUGCUUCAAGGGCUGGAAUCUGUGUCUGAUGGAUUUCAGGAACACAGAGAUGGAAAGAUCUCCGGAUAUAAAAUUGUUUACGCGAUUUAG